UUGUUAUUGAUAAAUUGCUUCUGUCAAGGCGUUUACUAGUUGGUACAAUUUAAUAGCGAGAGCCAUCUGCACCAAAUCUGUCCAAAUGAUGAAGUCGCUCUGAAGAAGUUGGUUAGACAUAGCUUGAGAUCCUUAAACAGAGGAAAUGGUUAACAUUCUGACAUGGUCAGUAUUGACAUUAAUGGCAAGUUUCGUUGUUUGCCAGUUCCCUUUUCGUCAAGGAGUUUCUCAAUGGCAGAGAUUCAGGAAUGGUCAUCCAGUAUUUCCACAGAAUGCUGCUAGGCAGGCUUUACAGAGAAAUCCAUGGCCGAUCAAUGUGGAAGCUAACGUUGGAAACCAACAAGCUGAAAACAAUGAACUUGACUCUGAUAUUAUAGCGUUUGAUGAUCCCAGUGCCGGAUUAGAUGAAUUUUUAGAAGGAUUAUUUGAGGAUAAUGAUCUGGACUCAGAUGAAUCUCAAUCGGUGAAUGUUCAACCUAAUUCUGUAAGAAUAAGGAGCGGCUCAGGUGAUAUUCAACUCAAUACAAAUGACGGAACUAUAAAUUUUAAUGAUAUUGCUCAAAAUGCAAAGUUAGAACAUGAACUACUUUUCGGAGGUUUGUUAAAGGAUCUUUCUGGAACAGGAGUAAGAAGCCAAACUUCGUCGAUUGUAAACAUACCAGCUGGACAAACAGAUCUUGCUGAACAAAUAAGGAUGCGAGUUAGACAAAUGCAAGGACAACAGCCAACUGCGUCAAAUAUGCGACAACCUAUCAGGAUUGCAUCACCAUUUAAUAGUCAAGGUAACCAACGUGUUUUGGCUUUGCCUCGUCAACCACGACCAAUGAACCAAAACUUUGAAGGGGGUAGCCAUACUCGGAAUAUGGUGAGAAAUGAACAAAGACCAAGACACACAUUACUUGUACUUCUAAACAAUACUAGAUUAGACACUAAUAAUGUAAGGCGGGGGCCAAAUACAGGACUUUUUACUACCAGAACAUUAAGAAUAAACCGAUUUAAUAAUAACAACCAAAUAAAUAGAUCUGAUUUGCGAUUUUCGACCAGAAAUUCUACUCGAUCGAUAACUUCAAGAAACAAUUUCCAAAAUGGCGCAAGACAGGCAUUACAACCAAGACAAGCAGCAACACAACAACCAAGUCAAACCAUUGUAGGUCCAGCACGAACACUGUCCGUAAAUAAUCAAAGGCAAAGACAAAAUGUGUUGCCAUCACAAGCACGAAAUAAUAAUCAGCCUCCAAGUGCAGCAAAUAAUGUUCCGUCAACUCACGCAGGACGGAACAUGGCAAAUCCAGUAUUUUUGGCAAACCAAAGACAGCAACAACGAACAACGUCGAACAAUCCUAACAAUAUGAAUAACAACAGAAUUGUUCCAGAGUCUCAAAGACAAAACUUAAAUAGAAUCAUUGCAAACCGACUGUUAGUCACAAAUACACGCAACACAGCAGAUACACCCGGACUUACACAUCAGCAAGUUGUCGCAAACAGAUUGAAUCUUCAAAGACGACUGAUAGCCGAAAGAAUGGCAUCCGAGAGACCAGGUAUGCAAAGACAGUUUGCUCAGUUUAUUCGCGACAGUACGUCAGUUCCAACCAGGCCUCCACCUUUUCAAGGAGGUCCUGAUCAAUUUCCACCAUGGUUAAGAAGACAAAUGAAUUUUCCUAGGCCAAAUUUUCCGUUUCUUCACCAAAGAGGACCACCGGGUCCUUUUAACCGAUUUGGAGGACCGCCGUUCUUUCUCUAGGAAAGUUUCGUUAUAGUACAUCAAAAGCCAUAUGGAUAUUAUGGUGUGCAAAUAAUCAACAGACAGCUGGAUUUUACAAUGUGCAAGUAAUCAAAAUACUUGGAUAUUGUUAUACCAAUACAGGAUGUCUUUUUGCUACAAGUAUGAUAUUAAAGGUAAAUUCUAAGAGAAGAACUGA